CGGUGUUAUGAGCUACCGCUGCUGACGGUGUUUCUGCCCGCCGGUGCGCCAUGAGGAGCGGCGGAGCGGCGGCGGUGCUGCUGCUGACACUGCUGGAGUGUGUAGAAGCUAAGAAGUACUGCUGGUAUUCUGAGGGAGGAUACCCCAUCUUCUUCAUAUGCCGCUCGUAUGAGGACUGCUGUGGAACCCGCUGCUGCGUCAGGGCUCUCUCCAUACAGAGACUCUGGUACUUCUGGCUACUGCUGAUGAUGGGCGUGUUCUUCUGCUGCGGCGCUGGAUUCUUCAUUCGCAGACGCAUGUAUCCGUCAGUGCUGAGUGACGAGCCCGCCUUCAAUGUGUCCUUCACUAGACAGCCCGUCAGCACACCCGUGUCCCAGCAGCCGGUGAUGCAGGGUUUCGGGGACCCCUGCGUUGGGAUGGGGGCGUCCCUGACCCCCGUGUACCCCAGCCAGUGCCCUGCGGCAGCCAUGAUGAGCUCGUACCCUCCACCGCCGUCAUACUGCAACCACCCACCGCCGGCCUACGAUCAGCUGUUCAGGAGCGCAGAGAAGAAGAGCCACAGCGAGUCUCCGCAGUGAGAAAUCAUGCAGAAAAAUCUCCAGGACAUGCCGAGUUCACACUGCAACAGUACAGAGAGGGGUUACACUCAGCUCAUCUGCCCCAAUAUGUGGAGAUGCAUGAUCAAGGUAGAGAAAUGAGUCUGAAUACUAGUGUUUAUGAGGGAGUGAUGAUGAUGGGGAUCUACUUCUACAGUUAACUGCAAUGUUUUAAGUCAUAUAACUCAA